CCCCCUUCUUCUCUCCCUGCGUAAGCUGAUGCCUUCUUGUUCUUUGGGCCAGGUGGAUGUUUAAAAUGAGGUUGCAGCCCAUGCGAUUUCUUUUCCAGCAUUCGCCAUUCAGUCGGCGCGCUCCAUACCAACGCGCUCCUCACUCGACAUUACGCAAGAUGACUACCCCAACUGCUGCGACAGUGCUGUAUGCACUGACCGUUUCCAGCUCCCCGGCGCGACCUGGGCCUGAAGACGUAUUGGAGAAGACUCAUCAUACGAAGUCUGGGUUCAGAAACCCAUGGGAGUCCUAUCGCGAUCACAGCCCCAAGGAUAUCAUGGGAAUGCUACUCUCUCGACGAUUGAAAGGCGAAGCGAAUGCGCCCGACAUGACACCUCCAGCUACCCGCAAGCCCGAAUUCCUUCCUAGUCGAGAGACACCCAAGCUUCGGGCAACCUGGCUUGGACAUGCAUGCUACUACGUUGAGUUCCCAAGCGGGCUCCGUGUUCUGUUUGAUCCUGUAUUUGACGGUCGCUGUGGGCCAUAUUCCUUCGGCCCGAAGCGCUAUACCGAGCCCCCAUGCAAGAUCGAGGAUAUCCCUGUCAUUGAUGCUGUCGUCAUCUCCCACAACCAUUAUGAUCAUCUGUCCUACCCUACCGUCAGUAAAAUCGCCAAGCAACAUCCCAAUUGCCAUUUCUUCGCGCCCCUCGGAAACAAAUCGUGGUUCCAUGACUCCAAAAUCUACAAUGUAACAGAGUUGGAUUGGUGGGAUGAGCGAGAUAUUGCAAUGUCUCCAGCGGAGGAAAAGGCGACGGAGGUUGAGCCGUUAGGAAAGGCUUCAAUGGCGGCUGAUAUCAAAGCGCGUAUCAGUUGCAUGCCUUGCCAACACAUCACGGCUCGUGGCCCAUUCGACAAAUGCAAGACUCUGUGGGCAUCAUGGGCUAUUGAGUCCGGUGGUAGUAAGGUGUAUUUCGCUGGAGAUUCCGGUUACCGCGCGGUGGACGAAAUACCUAAGGGAGAAGAUGAUUGGGACCCCAAGUAUAAUUUUCCUAUCUGCCCUGCUUUCAAGCAGGUUGGUGAAUUCCGAGGUCCAUUUGAUCUAGGUCUCAUUCCCAUCGGAGCCUACGCUCCUCGCCAUAUCUUUAGCGCUGCGCAUGCUGAUCCUCAUGAUGCCGUGCGAAUGUUCAAGGAUACCAAAUGCAAGAAUGCCUUGGCUAUGCAUUGGGGAACGUGGGUUCUUACCGAAGAAGAUGUCCUUGAGCCCCCGAGGAAGUUGAAGGACGCACUUAAGCGUCACAAUAUUCCCGAGACCGGCGUCUUCGAUGUGUGUGAGAUUGGAGAGAGUCGGGAAUAUUAAUAAAUCCAAGGCCCAAGAGCCCUGAGGCGAGGAAACCUGCCCAUAUGGCAGGAACGAACUUGUAACUACCCCCAUGUACAAUAUGAAUCAAAUACUUGUUCUCAUCUAGCGCGUACUGCU